AAUUAAUUUUUAAUAUAAUAUGAUAAAAUAAAUGGUGGAUAUUGAAGAAGUUUACAAUAAUUAUCAAAGUUAAUUAUUAAAACUUUCUGCACCAAUUUUGUGUUAUUUCUUUAUUUAUUAUAAAAUAUUCAUUUUAGUUUCUUAGUUACCCUACAAGAAUGGAGCCUGUAUUUAAUUUCCCUUUUGAGCCUUAUGAUAUUCAAAAGAAAUUUAUGAAGGAAUUAUACUUUACCAUUGAUAAUCGCGAGAUCGGGAUUUUUGAGAGUCCUACUGGCACUGGUAAAUCAUUAAGUAUUUGUUGUGGAGCGCUACAAUGGCUAAAGGAUAACAACAUUAAUACAAUGGAAAAUUUAAAAAAAGAAAUAUCAGACCUAAAACAGUCAAUUUCUCAAAAAUCACAAGCAGAUGAUUGGCUUCAAGAGGAGUAUAACAAGAUAAAAUUGAAUCAAACUUUAGCAACACUGCAGUUAAAACUAGACAGAAUUAUGAAAAGAGAGGAAUCUUUUGUUCAAAUGAGGAACCGUGUAAUGAAGCAAAAAACCAACACAAAUAAAAUAGAUAAUUAUUUUAACAAAGCCCCUAAAAAAGAUAUUGCGGAAGAUGAUGGUAAAGACAUUAAUGAUGUCCCUGAAGAAACUGAAGAUGACCUACUGAUUCAGGAGCACAGUGAAACAGAUGACGGAUCUGAUAAAGAUGAUGAGACUGUGGAAGAAAAUGAGAGUGAAGCCAUUAAUAAGAUCUAUAUAAGCAGCAGAACCCACAGUCAACUGUCACAAUUUGUUGGAGAGAUCAAACAGACAAUAUUCAAUGAUACGACAAGAGUUGUUACUCUUGCCUCCAGGCAACAUUAUUGUAUUAAUUCUGAUGUCAAUAAGUUGAAGAAUAUUAACCUUAUAAAUGAAAGAUGUUUAGACAUGCAAAAGGUGAAAUCCAAAUCAACACUCACAGAUGAUAGUGGCAAAGCUGUCAAAAAAACGAAAACGGCAUCAUGUAAGGCUUGCCCAUAUUACAAUCAAACAAAUAUAACAAAAUUAAAGGAGAGAUUAUUGGUAGAUGUUAUGGAUAUGGAAGAGCUGGUCAAAUGUGGUAAAACAUUGAAAGCUUGUCCAUACUAUGCUGCAAGAAUGGCGUUGGAUGAAUCUGAGGUGGUAUUAAUAAGUCAUGCUGGUAUCGUUAGCAGUGGUGCUAGGUCUGGCAUGUCACUCAAACUUAAAGACAAUGUGCUCAUACUGGAUGAAGCUCAUGGACUGACUGCUGCCUUGGAGAACGCCCACUCAGCCCCAGUGGCUUCCACACAGCUCAACUCUGUCAAGACAUACUUACAGUUCUAUAUCAACAAGUACAGGGCAAGGUUGUCUAGUAAGAAUUUAUUGUUACUAAAUCAAAUCCAGUUUGUUUUGGGAAAGCUGUUGAAUCUUUUGAAACUUCAAGCAAAAAGUACCUCUAAAGAUGGUGAUGAUGCAAAAAUAUUCACAGUUGAAGAUUUCGUUUUGAAAGCGGAAAUAGAUCAUUUAAAUUUACGACCUCUUGUGGAGUUUUGUAGAAGUUCUCGAUUAGCGCCAAAAUUGCACGGCUUCUCUAUGAGGUACGGUCAGCAAAUCAUCGAGGAUGCGAGUACAGUCGACACGAAGAAAUCGUUUAAAAAUUUUCUGAGUAGCAUUUCUAAGAAGAAAGAAGACAAAGUUGAGGAGAAAGUUCAAUUGGAAGCGAAAGUGAAUCAGAAAACCACAAUGAGCGAAGUAUCCGCAGGCAGUGGUUUGUACGCAGUACUCGACUUCCUUGAGAUGCUGUGUGAGAGGAGCUCAUUGGGAAGAGUACUAGUGCGAGAGGUAGGGCUGAAAUAUCUUCUCUUGGAACCGAGGGAGAGGUUUGAUGAAGUCACGAAGCAAUGCCGAUCGGUAAUUGUUGCGGGUGGUACAAUGGAGCCUAUAAGUGAGUUCGAAGCGCUGCUCGGUAUGAGGUCAAAGGCAGGCGAGGGCCGGGUGGGACGGGUGGUGAGGUGUGGGCACGUGGUGGGCCGGGAGGGCGUGGUCGGAGUUGCUCUGGCUUCUGGCCCCGCCGGCGUCACGCUCAACUUCUCGUACAGCAAUCGCGAGAGUACUCAACUGUUAGAUGAAGUGGGUCGUAUACUCCGCAACAUAUGCGGCGUGGUGCCAGGCGGUGUCAUCUGCUUCGUGCCCUCCUACUCCUACGAAGACCUGCUAUUCCGACAUUUGGACAAUACCGGUGCUCUGCUAGCUAUCGGCAAGAAGAAAAUCGUCUUCAGAGAACCUAAGUCUGCCGGAGAUGUUGAUCAGGUAUUGCAAAAGUACGCAUUAGCGGUAAACAAGAGGGAUGGAGGAACUAAUGGCGCCUUACUAUUGAGUGUUGUUGGCGGAAAACUAAGCGAAGGAUUGAAUUUUAGCGACGAUCUGGGUCGCUGUGUGCUGGUGGUGGGGAUGCCGUACCCAAACGUCAAGUCAGCAGAGCUGCAGGAGAAGAUGAAGUAUCUUGACCGAGUGAGUCCGGGCUCCGCCAGCGUCUAUUACGAGAAUCUCUGUAUGAAGGCUGUAAACCAGUGCAUUGGUAGAGCUGUCCGGCACGCGAACGACUAUGCUGCCGUGGUGCUGAUGGAUGAGAGGUUCUCCAGAGCCUCCACUAUCAGAGCUCUACCCACCUUCCUACAGGAUUCCUUGAUCACGAACUGCAGUUUCGGCCAAGCUAUGGGCAGCAUUGCAAAAUUUUUCUCAAGACACAAACACAAAAAAACAUCUUGAAACAUUUAAUUCUUGUACAUAUCUACAUAGUAUUAUAAGUUAUAUAAUAUAUUUAAAUUAAUUCUGUAAAGAGUUUUAACAUUUUUAUUUAAUUUAAUUAGUUGACAAAAACCAUUUUGAAUACUUAGCUAACUCAAGAAAACAUUUUGUUAACAUCUAUGAAACAAGGCCCAUAAUUUAAAUAUAUAAAAAUCCAAUUUUAAAUGUUCCUUUUGUACAUUUCCAUUUAAUCACUCAAAGCUUCUGGUAAUGUGGACCCACAAGGUCCUUGGAAAUAGUAAUGGAAACUAGUAGUGGCUGGUGUUGGUUCUAUAUUAAACUCUGCUACGACAGCGCCUCUGGCGGCAGCCUGGGGCGCGAACAUAGCGGCGGGGUAUACCACAGAUGACGUGCCCACAACCAAACAUACAUCACAAUCCUCCAUCACCUCACCUACAUAAAAAAUGUGGGGCCAAUAUUUCAUUUCAAAUGUAAAAAAAAAUUUAGUAGUAAUUUGUACUAAAUAUUAAAUGUGAUAAUAAUAUUA